UUGUGCUUUAAACGCUGAACGGAAGACGUGGAUAUCGAAACUUAGUGGUUCAAUCUGCGAAGGACCUCACAGACUGACCUUCCUCUAAAGGGUGUGAUUUGGAGUCCAGAUUCAGGAAAACAAAGAAAAGGCUGUUGAAUUUGACUAUUUAAAGCAGGUAGAAAUUUUCAAUGCAAAAAUGUCAUAUACACGUGAGCAAUUUUAUAACGAGGCAAUAAGGCCGAAUUUGGCUCAUUUUUCAUCAACGCUCAAAGUGAGAGAGAUCUUGCCUCACCUGCCAUGCCUCACACUCACUGAUAAGGAAGAGGUCGAAGCCAAGAGAGAAACUUCUGGAAACUUCACUGCUAUACAGACACUUCUGGACAAUCUACGCAGACGCGAGAAAUGGCCUGAUGAGUUUAUCACUGCACUCCAGAACUGUGAACAUUGGAAACUGGCUAAUGAGAUGAAAGCUGCUUAUGACAGGAUCAGGGGCAUCACAAAUAAUGCUGCUCCUGCUGCUCCUACACCCAGAACAGCACCUGCUCCAGCUGCUUCUUAUGCUUCAUCUGGUUCCACAACAACCACAGUGACAGUUCAUGCAGUCCCAGAGACCACUUCUCCUCUGCUGAGUCCACCCUCAGGGGGAGCCCCAGAAAGUUCAACAGCCCCUUCCAACACUGCAGACCCAGAACCAUCUCCUGCUCCUGUUAAACCUCAUACUCCAGUUCCAGCACCUUCUCCUGAACCAGUUCCCCAAGCUGAAGUAGCACCUCCUGUUGUAGCUCCUUCCCAAGCAUCUUCCCCUCCCGAAGUCUCAGUUUCUAAAGUGUCUUUACCUGUUCCAACCCUCACUGGGGCAGCUGAGAACAAAACACCUGCUUUAGAUAAUUUAGAUGGCUUGGCUUUAACAGACCAAACCACCAUCUCCUCAUCAGCUGAUGAAGCUCUCCUCUCCACCUCAAGCGCUCAAUCGUCCUCCUCAGACACUUCCACUUCUCUAAGCCAAAUAACAAAGCCUUACACCACCUCCCAGACUUCUCCGAAGUCAAAGAAGACCCAGAUGCCAACAGCAGACAAAUAUAUUGACACUUCUGAGAGACUCCCUGUCCAAGACUCUAAUCCCCCAUUGAGAAUGGAAAGGACAUUUCAGGAGCCGGAAGAGAUCUCUGACCCAACUGCAAAUGAGGAGGUUCAGCGGAACAACACCGUUGGGUUGCCCGUUUUUAAUAAUGCUCCAACAAAUUCUACCAGAACAGCUCAGGCAACAUCUUCUGCAUCUGCUGAGGUGGUUACACACUCUCCCUCUUCCAUCGACCAGGAAUAUUUCAGCAAGCCUGAAGUCCUUCAGCAUCUUGAAGUCCUUCAGCAUCCAGAACCCCAGCAAAAUGGAGCAGAGGGGCAAAAGGAGCCUUGCUCAGUGGUUUCAGAUGAUUUGGAGAUCAGCAACGCAACAGUCUCUUCCACAGAAUCUGGCCAGUCUACUUGUGCUGCAGACCAGAACUCCGCUUCCCUUGAUUCUGCUACUCAGUCCUUUCAAGACCCUCCAUACACUUCUGCUUCCUUGACCCUUAACCAGCCUGAGGAGGACCACUAUGAAUCUUUCUACGAGAGUCAUACACGGAUAGAUGUAAUUCAGUUUGCUGAAGAGCCAUCUGCUGAAAAUAUGAAUGGUCAGCCACCAAGCAUCCUGCAACGCAGCAGAGUCAUCUCUGAGGACCAGCAUACUCUGAACUAUGUUGGCACAGAAAGUGCAGUUCAUCUUACUGAGCCAUCUGGGUAUGACAGUAAGAAGUCAACCACCAUCAACGUUCGAGAGGAAGAAUCCAUUGCUGCUAGGCCAGAGCAGAGAGGAGAGGGGCGGCCAGAGUUAUUCAGGAUAAACAACUUCCAUCUUUUUGCUGCUGCAGGGAUUGGUUUUUCUGCUGCGUUCUUGGCCUGGAAGUUCACCCACAAAUGAGAAUUUUGUCAUCGUGUACUCACUCUUGUGUUGCAUGAAACCCCUAUGAUUUUUCUUUUUCAAUGAAACACAAAGGGACUUAAGUAAUAAAUAACAGUGCAUAGUAACUGGUGCUAAAGAAAAGGACAAAACGUACAAUAAAUGUAGUCCCUGUGAGGUUUGUGCUAUAUACCAAGUCUUAUAUAACCAUUCGAUAGCUUGCUAUGAGGAACAGACUGAGAUUUUAGUUGUCCAACAUGAUCUCUUUCGCCAAACUCUAUGGUUUUAUCCUCAUGUAUUAUUUCAUGUGUGUACAUAUACGCCUAUAUGUAAUCAUGGUUUGCCAUGUGCCUUACAUAGAUUUGCCUUGCAUGUCAGGGCCGAUAAUGAAUUUGACUGCCGUUGCAUCUGUGAAAUCAGUUUCACUAAUAAAUGGAUUAUCAUGGAGCUGUUAAGUAAUUUAGAGAACCCAGUUUGACUGGUAUUGCAUUGUACAACAAUUUGAUGUAUUGUGAAUUGUGAUAAGGUUGCAAGAAUACAUCCUGUGUGUGACAGACCAUGAAUAUAAGGAGCUGUUGCAUAACCUAUUGGACAUUUAUGAAAAACUCAUUUUGAACAUAUUACAUGGACUGGACAAUUACUCCAACCCUUUCCUUAAGAUCUCUUUAUCCAUCACUGUCCCAUAUUUUCUGGCCAGUUGGACCCCUAUAAGAGUUUCAAAGUGUGCACACACAGAACGCUGCCCACUUUUGACAAAAAUCAAAUGUGUUCUCCUAAUGCCUGCUACAAGAGGUACCUAUAGUGAAGUAACUGUUAAGAUAGAUUAAGCUAAAUGCAAACAUAACCAAGUGCCCCAUGGCCCAAGAUUAUAUUGUUUAUAUUGCUAAUAUGUAAGUGUUUUGUCUGCACAAGUCUCCAAGUCCAGUGCACAACAGUAAUACAUUGAUAUGUAGUUUAAAAAGAUUGUACACUGUAUUCUAUGUAUAUUUUUAAGUUCAAGCAUUCUCUGAGAUUCAAACUCGUGUUCUUUGGGGUUGCUAGCGGGAUUGCUCUAUCGUUUGAGCUGCAGAAACAACAUAAUAUUCAUGCUAUUAGCGUCAAGUUGUCUAUGUAAGGGUAAACUGCUUCAUGAACCACAUUGUAAAUGACAAUGAAUUACAUGUACACUUUAAAUGUAAUUCAUGUGUCAUUUUUAAUCAGUAACUGCACUUUAUCCUCACUUUCUGAUGUGAAAUGAUUGAACCUGAUUUAAAAUGCACUGUAUGUGUUAAUGUUACUCCUGAUCUUUUUGAGUAUUUUAUCUGGGCCUGUAUGUUUGCUAGAUAAGUUACUGUAUUUCAGGGGAAUAUUUAUACUUGCGCUAAACUGUUUUGCUUUUGUGUACUGCUCAAUCUUUAUCAUGAACAGUCAAUAAUGAUUUCCAGAGAUGUUUCUGAAAUAAAAUGUCCUACCUUAA